AUGAUCAAGUGCCCACGGGUGGUGAAAGCUGAGGCUGGUCUUGGCGCAGUUGUCAAUCAAGCAACAGGGUGUCAUCUUGCCCUGGACUUAUCUUUGUUUUGUCACCGUAUUUGUUGCACGAAUUCGAAGGUGCUCCUCGGAGUGGCCAUUCGGAUUUACUUGGCAACAAAGAAAGACUUGACACAGUUGGAAAAAGGCAGGCAAAAGGCACAUAUUCCCAAGGUGGUACAGAGUAUGCCUACGUAUCAUGAAAGAAGGCGUACAACCGAGAAUAUGGAAAAAUAG